AGGAGGAGGGUCUGGAGACAUGCUUAGUGCCUUUUAGGCACUACUACCAGAAUCAGCGAGAGGGGACUGCCAGCUCUUCUGGGCGCGGGAAUACACUGAGCCGCAGUGGAGAAGAAGAAGAAAAAAAAAAAGGAAUGGAAUGAGGGGAGGAAAAGGAGGGAGUCAUGUGGAGCGUGAAGAUGCAGAGUCACUAAGUGCAAACGCAACAACCAAACUACUGGAGCUUCAAGAGUCGCACACCCCGUGUGACUCGACUUAGCCCAACACAACCGGCUCUCGCAGACCAGGCCAACAGAGUCUCUUUCGCCUCAGCGGAAAAUCUUGAGACCAUGUCUGAACCAGACAUCCCCAUCGGCUUUAACCGGAUGAACCGGCUUCGCCAGAGUCUUCCACUGGCCCGCUCAUCCAGCCAAGCCAAGCUAAGGGCGCCAGGGAUCCUGUUCCUCCAGCUUGGGGAGGAGAUUCGCAGGGUGCACCUGACCCACGAGCUGACCAGCCUGGACACCCUGAGGGCCCUCAUUGUGCACAUGUUCCCUCAGAGGCUGACCAUGGCUAUGCUCAGGUCCCCCAGCACAGCUCUGCUAAUCAAAGAUGAGACUCGUAACGUCUUUUAUGAGCUGGAGGACCCUCGGGAUGUUCAGGACCGCUGUGUAAUUAAGAUUUACUGCAAAGAGCCCAUCUACGGCACUUACCCCGGACACCAUAACCCCCACAUCGCUAACGGAGACCUGAGAAGGGAAAUGGUGCAUGCUCCCCAGGAAUCUCCAUCAAACCGUCGCCUUGGCAACCCUGCCAUGUCUUCCCAGCAUUCUUCCUCCUCUGCUUCGCCUCCUCAAGGAUCGCCGUCUCGAGCCCGACUGCUCUACAGCUCUGGGAGGCCUUCUUCUUACGCUGGCCCGCCCCACCAUACCCACUCCCUACCUCACCCACACUCCCAGUCCCACCACUCCUCCCCCCUUCAGCAGCCCCAGCUUCACCAGCCCCACCACACCCAGUCAGCCUUCUGCACCUCCUCCAGUGCCAUCCUGGAGCGUAGAGAUGUGAAGCCUGACGAUGAGGUGGGAGGUUCCAGGAGUAUGGUGCUGCUACGAGGAGAUGGAGGUGGUAUUUACGCAGACCCAUAUGCUCUAGGCCCAGACACAAGCCGUCUUAGCCUUGCAGGAGGUCCUCAUUCUCCUCUGCCAGCUCGAGCCGACCCUUACGCCUCUCUGUACCGCCGCGGAGGAGGACCAGGUCCUGGAUCAGUUCGGUCACUCACCUCCUACACUGCUGCAGCAUUACAGGGAGAGUUAAUGGAAAGUGGUGUUCUCUACAGGCCUGGAGGGCCCCUCUACAGUGACGCCUACACAGCUUCCAUGUUGGCAAUGGGACUGAGGGUUCCACCACCCUCUUCCCCCCAGAAGAUACCUGAUAUGAGGGAUUCCUACGGGGCAACUAUGUCAACUCGGGGCUCUCCUGGGAGGCAGAGUUUGAGAAGGGAUUCUGUUACUUCCUCUGUGUUUGGGGACAGCCCCAAAGCCCGGGGCCAGGGGCCAGGAUUGGGUUUGACAGCAGAACAACUCUGUCUGAUCGGAGGAGGAGAUGGAGGAGGAGGCGCCGGAGGCUUCGGUUCACCACUUAUUGGGAAUGAGACAGAGACCAGGGAGCGAAUGGAGGCGAUGGAAAAGCAGAUUGCAAGUCUGACGGGGCUGCUGCAGAGAGUUCUAACCAGAGCGCCAGAAGCAGAAAGUCCAGAGAAGCUUGAGUCGGCCAGUGACUGUUCAGGAAAUGACCCUGGACAAACUAAAAAAAAGAAAGCUCUUACUCCAUCUGCUCCUCUGGCCCUGAUGCCACCUCCGUGUUCAGGAGCCAACCAGCCGGUGGCCGUGUCCCGUAUGCAGAUGCAGCAACACCUUCAAGGACUGCAGCAGAACACCAACGCCCUGCGCAAGCAGCUGUCGCAGCUACGCAACAUGCAGCUGGAGAACCAGGACUCAGUUCUGUCUCUACUGCGUCAAACGGAGUCUGAACUGAGCCUGAUGAUGCUGGACGCCAUGCGGCCCCAAGAGGACCCACUGCAGAGACAGCGCCUCUUAGUGGAGGAGGAGAGGCUGAAGUACCUAAACCAGGAAGAACUCCUCAUCCAGCAACUGCACGACCUGGAGAAAUCAGUGGAGGAGCUGCAGAGGAACUCAUCCGUUAACCACGGCCUGGUGACAGAGCAGGAUGUGGAGCAGAAGAGCAAAGAGCUGAGGAUGUUGGGAGAGACUCUUACUGACCUCAAAAACCAGUUCCCGAGCUUACAGAGUAAGAUGCGCGUGGUGCUGAGGGUGGAGGUGGAAGCGGUUAAGUUCCUAAAAGAGGAGCCUCAACGUCUGGAAGCUCUACUGAAACGUUGCAACACCAUGACUGAUGCUCUCAGCAACCUUCGCAGACAGGUCUCUGAAGGCAUUUGGAAGACCCCUGAAGACCUCUCCUGUCAGUCCCAGAAAAGACUGGAUGAUAUGAGUCAAGGCUCUGAUCUGGACAUCCUGAACAGUCCUCCUCUCAGCCUCAGUGACCUGAGCACCAGCUCCGGUCUGGCCAACUGGAUGCCCCUGUCCUCCUCUGCUAGCGAAACUGACACAUCUGGUCCUGAGCAGGACAUCCAGUCUUCCAUGGCCUUCAGAACCCGAGUCCUGGAUGAGCUGCCAAGUCGAAGACCUGGAGACAAAGCAGUCUCUGCUGAAGUCAGACUGGCAGCUGAGCGUGACUGGGAGGAGAAACGUGCCAGUCUGACCCAGUUUAGCGCCCAGGAUAUCAAUCGCCUGCUGGAGGAAACCCAGGCUGAACUGAUGAAGGCCAUUCCAGAUCUGGACUUUGCUGCCAAGCACAUAAAUAAACCGGCAGUCCCUCCCAAACCCCAGAUUACCCUCCCAAUAUCCUCCACCACAGCUACUUCUUCAGCUGCAGGGAGCACUGGGACAACAGCCACCACCACCACGUCUAGUGGGGACCAGCAGCCUGGCAAGGUGCAGUUGGCUGCUCAGAAGCUCAACAGCAUGGAAGGCAGCGGUUCACAUCGAGGGUCCGUGGACCUCAAUGUAGCAAGAUACAAAACAGAAAAACCAUCUAAGUCUCCUCCCCCACCUCCCCCUCGCCGAAGCUUCCCAUCGGUUCACGGCCUCACCACAAACCGCACUGGAGAGGUGAUCGUCACCAACAAGAACCAGAAGGUGGAGGAAGAUGGUGAAAUGCCAAAAACUCUGGUGAAGUUGAGACGGACCCCCUCAGACACCCCCCGACCAGCCUCCACCCCACCUGUGAUCGCUGCCUCAGCCAUUCAGGACGAGGAUGAUGAGGAGAAGAUCCUCGCUGAGCUGGAGAUAUUUCAGAGAACACCUGUAAAAGAUUCCCCCUGUAGUAAACAGAACAUCGGCCGACCAAAGGCCCCCUCCCCCUACGUCAUUGAGUCACUGGGCAGAAAGAACAGCAGUAACUCACCGGGACCGACAAAGGGUCCAACUGUUGCGGCUCGACUCAAACACCUUCAACAGGGAAGCCUGGAGAGACCAAAAUCCCGCAAACAGAAAGAUGAUUUCCCCAAAGUCCAGGGCCAGCAGCAGGUCUCUCAGGUCUCAUCCGGACUAAAUACGUGACGACUGAGUACUCGGAUCAUUCCACUUUUGGACCUCUAAAUCCUAAUUCACACCUAAAAGGUGACUGUUGGCUAAAAUGUCACAGUUUGGAGGCAAACAGGAGCUCCUGUUGUCUGCUGAUAUAUUAAUGUGACUCCACUGAUUCAUGUGUUAAUUUGAAAAAGACUGCAAGAGUUCUGGACCUGUACCAUGAAGCAAUUAAACACAUCUAAUGUGUAUCUCCAUCUUCCACCAUAACUAACAAUCUAAAACGAAAUCUAUGUCCCAGUUUUACACAAGAGGAUAUCUCAUGAAUGCUCAAUCAAGUUAUAUUUUUAUUCUAUUUCAUUCAGAGAAAGGUGAAAGAUAAAGGGUGUUGCCAUUAAAAUAAAACAGGCGCCUCACGGUAAAUUAGAAUGUCAUUGAAAACUGGAUAUUUAGUUCUUCAAGAAGGAAAAAUUAUAAUUAUAUAUUACAGGUGGGGAUAUAUUUCAAGUAUAUAUAUAUAUUUUUUUUCAAAUGUUUCAUAGAUAACCAAAACCAAAAAAAUCUGUUUCUCUGAUGUUUAGCAUGAACUAUGUCUAAUAAAAAUGGAUGUUUGAUAUGAUAAUGUAGACCUAUUGAAUAAAUAUUCGUCUAUACCAAUUUAUGGCUCUCUUUACCUAAAUGACUGUGUCAGCACAAGGCUCUGCUGAUGCAGGAAUAAAACACAGAUUGCUUUAACAGCAGCCUUCAGCUUGCAUUCUGCUCUUGAUAUGAGGUUUCUGGGUAAUCAAGCUCACCAUCACCAUGGUUACUGUAACCUUUGAAAGCACGGGUUGGGAGUAAGUUCUGCUAGAAAGUGAAGAAUCUCUAUUGAACACAGCUAAUUAACUAGAUUUCAAAAGGGUCCAAUUCCUCAGCUUAGGCAACUUCACAAUUUUACUAAGUUUUUUUGCUCAUUUUCUUAGUUACAGUAUAGUUUUAAAGAAUGUAUUUAAUACAUCUUAAAAACAAACUUCACUUUCUUAAUUCUUUACUAACAUUUAAUCUUUUACAAAACUUAACAGCAAAAGAAAUAAAUAA